CGCCGUGAGUCUAAACUUGAUGAAAAUUCCGGAAUUCAUAUUUGCUCAAAUGCAGAAGAAGCCGAAAGAGAACACUUAUUUUGGAGAAAAAUUGGAGUAUGGAAGUUGGAGUAGCUGGAGCAAUUGGUCUCCUUGCAGCAGAACGUGUGGAAGAGGAAUUUCCAGCCAAAUUCGUAACUGUUUAAGCGAAAAAACAACCGAAGUCAAUUACUUACAAAAGUCGCAAUUAAGAAGAAAAAAAUGUUUUGGAAUUAAAAAGCGUUAUGUUAUAUGCCAAGAAAAGGAUUGCCCAGAUCCUAAGGAUUAUCGUGCUCAACAAUGUUCUUAUUUUGAUACGAAAAUAUAUCAAGAUCAGUAUUACAAAUGGAUUCCUUAUCUUAAGACACCCGAAGAUUGUCAAUUAAAUUGUCGUCCGACUAAUAAAAACUUUUUCGUGACAUUUUUGAAUAAAGUCGAAGACGGAACAUCUUGCUCGGGAAAUAAUUUCGAGGACAAGAUCUGCGUGGACGGACAAUGUAAGAAGCUUCAGAUGUCAAGAGGAAAAGUAGAUAAAACCACAGAAUACUGGUUGCGGGUUCGCGCCUGACUGACGUCUGGCCACGUGGAGUUUUCCGGGUUUUUGUAACGUGUGUAUCACCUAAAUAGGGCUCAGU